UUCCGGGUGUUGUCGCCUGCCGCCGCCCCGCAUCUCCGGUCUCCCGGCCGCCGCCGCCGCCGCCGCCUCGGGUCCUGGAGCCAGGAGCAACGUCACCGCCAUGGCCGGCAUCAAAGCUUUGAUUAGUUUGUCCUUUGGAGGAGCAAUCGGGCUGAUGUUUUUGAUGCUUGGAUGUGCCCUUCCAAUAUACAACCAAUACUGGCCCCUCUUUGUUCUGUUUUUUUACAUCCUUUCACCUAUUCCAUACUGCAUAGCAAGAAGAUUAGUGGAUGAUACAGAUGCUAUGAGUAACGCUUGUAAGGAACUUGCCAUAUUUCUUACAACAGGCAUUGUUGUCUCAGCCUUUGGACUACCUAUUGUUUUUGCCAGAGCACACCUGAUUGAGUGGGGAGCCUGCGCACUUGUCCUCACGGGAAACACAGUCAUCUUCGCGACGAUCCUAGGCUUUUUCUUGGUCUUUGGAAGCAGUGACGACUUCAGCUGGCAGCAGUGGUGAAAAGGAGUUGCUGAACUUUCAUAAAAUGAACUUCUUGUCAUUUGUUGGCCGUCCACGCAAACAGGAAAUGGGGCAGUAAAGCUGAAUGCUAUGGCGAGCCUCUUGCGGGUAUUCUGGGUGCUCCCUUUUCACUUUUAUUGUAAGCAUACUAUUUUCACAGAGACUUGCUGAAGGAUUAAAAGGAUUUUCGGCUUUUGGAAAAGCUUGACUGAUUUCACACUUCACAGUAUGCUUUUGGUGGUGUCCUGCUGAAUUUAAAUAUUUAUGUGUUUUUCCUAUUUAGUUUUUUUUUUUUUAAAUCAAUAUGCAGUGCUAAACAUUUUUUAAAUGUAAUAACCAUUUGCAUUGGUUAGGAAUUCAGAAUUCUGCUGGCUGUAUUACUGGGUUAAAGUACAUCUUUUAAGAUUAUUUAGCCUCCAUUAUCAUAAAAAGUUAUAAAAGUAAGUUUUCAGUCAGUCGGGAUGACAUCAUUUCCAAUUUUAUGCAAACAUGGAGACCGCUGGCAUACCUUAUAGAAUAUAUACUAAGUGCAAAUAGAGUUGCAUUUAUACCUCAGAGGGGCCAAGUAUUAAUGCCCACGCCCUCAAUAAGGGCUGAUGCUUUUACUAAUAGCAGGUGUUUUGUGAAUUGAGCAUUAUUUUGUGGAACUGCUACAAAGGCGUUGCUUUUCUUCUCAAUUGUUAGAAGAACUUAUUAUUAAACUUUAAGGUCAGGGUGUGAAAACCAGUUUUUGAGAUGUGAUUUUUAUGUUUCUGGCAGUUGAAGUAGAAAGAAUGAGUUACACUGUGGGAAGAAACACCGUUGAAAUUCCUUUUUUUUUUUUUAAUCCUAUUUCUGUUGAGAAGUGAAAUUUUUUGAUUUUCUAUCAGCCUUUCAUGUUUUACCAUGGAUAAAAUGGACAGACAUGAACUACUCACGAGGGAAAGUUGUAUGUUGGCAUCAUAUAUACAAGAAAACCUUUCCCUGGUCCCGUCUUCUAACUUAUUUUAUACAUUGUAUAUAUUAAGUAAAAUAACUUUUCAAAUAUAGUUUAAUAACACUUAAAAUGAGAAGUGUUUAACUUACCUGGAAAAUAAUUGCUAUGCCAUACAUUCAGAGUGCCCCUCCCCCACAAGGCCUUGACGUGACUAACAAGAGACUUGUUAGUCUUGCAGAUAAUCCAUGCAUUAACAGUUUAAGGUUUAGACCAUGGUAAUUGUAGUUGUUCUUUAAGGUCAUAUCAUAUGUAAUUUAAGAAUAUUUAAGACAAGUUUCUUAUAUAUCUCUCAACUAUUUUGAUUUUGAUUUCCUCAUGAUAGAUGCUAUUUCCUUAUAAAAGGCAUUUCUUGUGUGAAUUAAUGCAAACUAGCCAAAUCCAGCUGUAUACCAGCUUCAGACACAAACCUGACCAAGAAUUCCCCAGUGCCCAGGCAUGAUCAGAUUGUAGCAGUCACUUGCGUCUCACAGUUAUCCGUACUUUUUUCAACAGUUGGUCUGACAGUAUUUUGUUAAUGAUAUUUGUUUGUAUAUUCAUUCUGUUUGUAUAUUCAUUGUACUUACAUAAAAAUUGUUUUGCCUUUAGACAAAACCGAAUAAUCAUGACACCUAUCUUCUGUUUUGUAAAGUUGAUUUCUCAACAAAAUGGGAACAAAUUUUGGGUUUGUUCAGCUUUUUAUUAACAAUGCCUAAAGCCACAGACUGUAUUGCCUACCCCAGGUUGUUAUUUCUAGCUGCAAGAUGGGAACCAGGAUGAAAUGUAUGCAUGUGGCUGUACCAUUUACCCAUUAGGCUGAAAACGGCUGGCAGUGUUACAGUGUUGUACACUCCAGGGAUCCUACAUAAAAAGGAAAGUUCGGGUACCUGUGAAAUCGACAGCUGGCGAUACAACUGGGAGCUCUGUGCCUGUGAUCUGCUUGAUUUUUUUUGCAGGAAGUACGUUCUCUGUUUCUUCCCCGUUUUCUGUUCUUGUAGAAUGUCAGUGCAGUGGACUGCUACUGUUCAUUCACUUGGGCCAUAGACUUUUUCUAACAGCUGCAUAUUCCUUCAGUAUACUACUGCACUGACAGCAUUGUGUCUUGCACCUUGCACACUAGCUUGACAUAGUGCUGUCUCUGAUUUUUAGGCUAGUCACCUGAGGUAUGAAUUUUCCAUAGAAUAUGCACUGAUACAGCAUCGCCAUUCUACUAGGGAAAGAAAACUUUUGAUGAUGAAAAAAUAAAGAUUUUAAAUAUCUA